UCCCCACAAAAAAAUACAAAUUUAAUUCUUUAAUAACUAAUUAUGUGUGGGAAAAUUAUGAGUGCGGAACAGCCAUUCAAAGCCCAUCGUCUCGCUGCUGUUGUGCUACUUGCCUUAUGUUCGCAUUUUUAAACUUUCAACAUUGCUACUGGCAGACCGUCGCUAAAUAGGGUUCAUAUAACUUUAUGAACUUCAUUUGACAAAUUGAGGCUAAUCGGAAGAGUCGCAGCUUGACGUACCAUAUAUCUGGAAUCAUUUGUCAAUAAUACUAUUUGACUCGUUUUAACUCUAUCCAGUGUGAUGUGCAGCACCCACUGGAACCGCAAAACUUAAACUGACCACUUCCAGCUGCUAAAAUCUACUCUAUUAAGCUCCGUAUCUCACUUUCUUCACAUCGCACCUGGCAACAAUCCCAGAACAAUUUGCAAACAGAAAAUUAAUCAUUAUCUCUCUCUUUUUUUUUUUUUUUUGCUUUUUAUUUUUUCUAUCCGUGUCAUUUCCAUGAGAAAAAUCCUGAUAAUUAAAUGUAAAAUUCAAUUCAAAGUAUUGAUUAUAAAUCAAGUAAAAGCCUAUCUAAUUUAUUUCAGUUCCACUAUCUCUUUUAACAAAAUUUUUCAUUCAAUAAAUAGUUCGGAUUAAAUUUGUAGCAUAAUUUCUUAAUACUAGAAUAAUAUUUAAAAUUUCUGAGAAAACAAAGCAAAGUGUUAGAAAAAUAUAAUUCUAAUGAAAAUGGCUAAUUUUCUGAUUUGGUAUAUCUUUGCGGCCCCUGCUAUGGUGAUCGUUUGGCAAAUGGAUUUAGUUGACGCCGGUGCGAAAGCUAACAUGGAGGUAACAACAAUGGAACGAGCAGCAAAUACAAAUAACAGUAAAACUUCCCAAUGCCCAGCUGAAUUAUCCAACUGCCAAUGCAAUGCAACCAGUGUGGAGUGUAUAGAUACUGGCUUUACUAAUGCUAGUUUCUUUUUAUUCGUGCCACAUUCUGUACAGAGUUUAAUAGUGAGUGGCAACAACCUUACCGACCUCCCGGCUAACCUCUUCGGAGCAUGUGCCCAUAACACUUUUGGACACAAGUAUUCUGCUUUGAAAUAUUUAGAUAUGUCCAACAAUAACAUAAGAAGAAUCCACGGCAAAACAUUCCAUUGUCUGCCACAACUAGAGACAUUAAUACUGCGUAACAAUAAUUGGAAACUUUUAGAUAUUAGCCACACUGGAGUAUUUGAAGGGUUAACCCAACUUCGUGUUCUUGACUUGGACGAUACCUUAGCCAGCUGGAGUGGUCCUGAGAGCUCCGAAUACCUUAUCCGUUUACCGUACAUUUUAAAUAAGACCAGCACAACACUGGAAGAUCUUAAUUUGUCUAAUAAUGACAUUUUAGUAUUGACCAAUGAAACUAUGGAUAUGUUGUGUAACAUGGAAUCUCUGAAGAAACUAAAUGUAUCUCAUAACUAUUUAAUAGAGAUCAACCCGGAAUUGUGUACAUACAGCAUCGAACAGUUAGAUCUCUCUUAUAACGGGAUACUAGUUGGCUCCUUUCUUACUCAGUUCAACCAGUCCAUGCCUUAUCUUACAGAUUUAAGGCUCGGCCACAACAGUUACAGCUGCAGUUGUUAUUUGAAAGACUUUUAUGAAUGGUUAACGAAGAACCAAGAUAAAGUUGGGGAUGUAGAUAAUGUCACAUGUUCUUAUAGUUACAAAGACUUGUACCAGGGCAGGCAAGUACUCAGUCUGCAAGAAUCGGACUUGAAGUGUGAGAAGCACAGUGGUGUUCACUUGGAAACCUCAUAUAUUAUAUUUGCUUUCAUUGCUUGUACUGCUCUCAUUGUUCUCUAUCUCAACAGAGGUAGUAUUAAGCGGGUAUUUAAACGAUGUGUCGCUCCUUACAUCACUUCUAGAACACAUUACAGUUAUGCAUCAGUAGAAAUAUAAUUUAUAGCAUUCUGUAGUCUACUGUUUUUUUAUUGUGAUAGCCAUGAACUUUUCCCUUCAUCUGGAAGAGAAUAUCAGCCUGUAACAAAUGAGAAUCUUAUGUUUCUUUUUCAUCUUUAAAACAGAUUAUUCAUGUACUGUGGCUUGUUUUUGUUGUUUUGGCAACCAUCUCUCUCUCCUUUCAACUUCAAGAAUACUUAAAAUGGAUUAAGAAACAAACAACCCAUUUGUGUGUUUAUAUCCCACUUGGCAUUCUUUUGCUAAGUAAGGACACUUAAUUCCAGAUUUCCUCUUUUUUUUUUUUUUUUUUUUUUUCAAAGCUCACUUUUUAAGGAGACUUCCCUAUGACAGUACCACAUCCAAAAAGGGAUAACACUACAGGAACCUAAUUUGAGCAGUGGCUCUUUGGAGACUUGUAGUCCACGAAAAGUUUAUUGUAUUCUCUUUCUCGAGCAUGCAAACUCGGUGCUGCAAUAGCACAUAAAAACUUCAUAUCAAAAUUUACUUCCAAUUAAACAAUAAUAGUGUUAUAUGUGUGUCUGUGCAUGUUGUGUGUAUGUGUGUAUAAUUAAUAUUAUAUACAUGUGUAUAUAUUUCAUACUUAACAUUUAAAACAAUAUUUUAGUUGUAUAUUCAAAAUGAUGCAUUUCUCUAUGAUAUUAUAAAAGUAUUUUUGUAGUUGGGCCAUUUUUUCUAUUGUCCAUAGUUGGUAUAUUACUCAAUUAUCUAGAUAUUUUUGAUGUUAGUUUAGAACUUUUCAUAUUUCUAUCUUUUAUCCUCAUUGAUGUAUUUUUUGACUAUUUUUAUUUACUCUAAUCUGCCAUUUUAUUCCAUGCUUGCCUUUACAGUUGUAAGUAAUAAUUUUCUUUUUCGUAAUAAAUAUUUUAAUAUUGCUGCUGCUACCAUGAUAAAUGAUAAAUAAAAUUUAUUAACUCACUAA